CCGGCCGCCGUCUCCCCUCGCCUGCGAUUCUGCGCACACGCCGGAAGCCCAGGAAGGCUGUCAUCCUGCCCAGCACACUGUGCUCGCGGAGGGAGCGCGGGCGAGCCGAGCGCGCCGAAGGAGGAUCACGCAGCGCAGCGCGCCCGCCCGCCCAGCGCCGCGCCAGCCCGGGAGCACGGGACGCGCGCCCCCCGGCCGCCCGAGCGCGACGCCCCGGCCCCGCCGCCCGGCAUGGCUUCGGGGGAUCUUUACGAGGUUGAAAGGAUUGUAGAUAAAAGGAAGAACAAAAAAGGUAAAUGGGAAUAUCUUAUACGGUGGAAAGGUUAUGGGAGCAAUGAAGACACAUGGGAACCGGAACACCAUUUAUUGCACUGUGAGGAAUUUAUCGAUGAAUUCAAUGGGCUGCACGUCACGAGAGAGAAGCGCGCAAAGCAUGGGAAGCAAGCCAGCACAGCAAAGUUUUUACGAGAGGGCCGAGGGCUUUCUCUUGACAAGAUGCCACACAGAACACCUGAUCCUGGGAAGAGCAGAGGAUUGUCCCAUAAGAGGAAGCGCAUAACCCCUGCAUUUCAAAAGCCAAAAAAGGGCUACACGGCAAAACCAGCUGCUUCUUCGGGAGAUCGAGCUGCUAAAACCGUAUCUUACCGGACUACCCCCAGUGGUUUACAAAUUAUGCCAUUGAAAAAGCCACACAAUGGCCUGCAGAAUGGAGAUGCCAGUUAUGAGAAGGAUUCUAGACACUUUGGGAAUGGCUCCCAAAAGCCAGACAUGGAUUUCAAUGUAUGUGAAGGGGAACCUGAUUUGCCUGGAGUAUUGGAUGUUAACAGUGAAUCACCCGUCUUGAAUGGGAUUGGUUCUUCUCUAGCAAAUGGGAGCCUGAAUCUUCAUAGCACUGUGAAAAAGAAGUUGGAAGGGGAAAAAGAUUACGUCUUUGAUAAGAGACUCAGGUACAGUGUGCGUCAAAACGAGAGCAACUGUCGGUUCAGAGACAUUGUUGUACGGAAAGAAGAUGGAUUCACACACAUCCUCCUGUCCAGUCAGACCUCAGAUAACAAUGCACUGACUCCAGAGAUCAUGAAGGAGGUCCGGCGAGCGUUGUGCAAUGCAUCUGCUGAUGACAGUAAACUCCUGCUCCUCAGCGCAGUGGGAAGCGUCUUCUGCAGCGGCCUAGAUUACUCCUAUUUAAUUGGCAGGUUAUCCAACGAUAGAAGAAAGGAAAGCACUAGAAUUGCUGAAGCUAUAAGGGAUUUUGUAAAAGCAUUCAUUCAGUUUAAGAAGCCCAUUGUGGUUGCAAUCAAUGGGCCUGCUCUGGGCUUGGGGGCCUCGAUCUUGCCCCUCUGUGAUAUUGUGUGGGCAAGUGAAAAGGCCUGGUUCCAGACGCCUUAUGCAACAAUUCGGCUCACGCCCGCUGGCUGUUCAUCAUACACAUUCCCACAGAUAUUGGGUGUUGCUCUGGCAAAUGAGAUGCUGUUUUGCGGAAGGAAGCUGACUGCACAGGAAGCCUGCAGCCGAGGACUCGUCUCCCAAGUCUUUUGGCCGACAACGUUUGGGCAAGAAGUAAUGCUGAGAGUAAAGGAAAUGGCAUCCUGCAGUGCAGUGGUGCUGGAAGAAUCUAAAUGCCUAGUUCGGAGUUUCCUGAAAUCUGGCCUUGAAGAUGUAAAUGAGAAAGAAUGUCAGAUGUUGAAACAGCUCUGGAGUUCUUCCAAAGGACUGGAUUCAUUAUUCAGCUAUCUGCAAGACAAAAUUUAUGAAGUCUGACAUCAUUCUGCGACUUGGCAGCAAGUGGGAAAAAUGUUCCACGCGAUUUUCAGAUGUCACCAGGGUUUGAAAAAUCGAGUAAAAGUAAAACCGAGAUCCAAUAAAUCCCUCAGAGGAAUAUGUGGCAGUGUAUCUUACAUAUCUAUGGUUGUGUCAGUUUCCUUGUGAGUUAAAUACAGAUGUUUCAGCAGAUGUUCCUAGCAAGACGAGUACCUGUUGGACAACGGGAGAGGCAGGUGCACGCAAAUGCUGAAGGUUGCACCUUGCUGCAGCUGUGCUGAGAAAGCAGCAACUGGGCACGUGUGGCUGGAGAGAGGCAUACAUUCCACAUGGUGGAAAGCACUAGUGUCGCCCUCAAGGCGCACCGCAGAUAUCUUUGACUUACCCUUUUUCCCCGAAUUAUCAUAAGCAACUUGCCUCUGCAGUGGCCCAAGCAGUGCAAUUUAAACUUCAGGCCAAAAAGGCCCCCUGCUUAGGCCUGCUUGACAGAUAUUUCAAUACUUUUGUUUGUUGAAACGUAAACCGUGGAACUAAUUCUGGAGGUGGAAUUAUAUUUAUAUGUAUAAUGUAUUAAAAAUAAUUUUGCAACAAUAAGUCCUUAUUUAGAAUUGUUGUUGGCUGUUGGUUAAUUUAUUUAAUUUAUUUGUGCAUGUCUGUAUGUGGUGCGUGUGGGGUGUGUGUGUGUGCAUGUGUAUACUCACAUGCUAUACAUAUAAAUGUAUAUAUGUGUGUAUAUAUGUAUAUAUGCACACACAUACACAUGUAUACCUAGACAAUUUAACAGUUGGUCUCCUUAAAUUAUUAUUAUGUUGUUGUUGUUAUCGUUAUUUUAUUUGAUUAUUACCCAGGAUGAGAUAUAUUUGCACAACUGUACCAGUCUUUGACUUCCUUUAAACAGACUGAGCUGUGUGGACAAGAAAAAAAGACAUUGCAUUGGAAAGUCGUGGGGCAUUACAAAACAGCCACCUUAUCCCUGUUUCUUCAUACAGGAGAUUGUACCGAAAUGUGCAGUUCCUAGAUGGCAUUGUUUAAUAUCCCUUAAGGAAAAUGUGGGGCACAGGUCGUCCAGUGAGGGUAGGUAUGCUGAGUUUUAAGCGAAUAUAUUUGAUAUUUUUCUUAAUGGCUGGGCAUUAACAACAGGGUGAACACUGCCUAAAUUGUGGUACCCGUGAAGGUUUAGCAUUCCAUGUGCUGUGGAGCAUGGAUCUUAACCCUCAUGAGCUUCUCAUUUUAGCCGAGCCUUUCCUCAGUGGAGGUUUAUUAUUUUUCAGUGAGCUUGUAUUUUUCAGUGAGCAAGAAUCCAGCAGGAAGGUAGUAGACCGUGGAGUAGGUGGUCAGAGGUUUUCAUAUUUUACUUCUCUUUCCAGCCCUCAGUGACUGACCCUUCCACCCUGGAGCGGCACAAAAACAUUGAUUUUCCUCAGAACAGUCUGUGGCCAUUUGCUCGUAGAAGGUCAUCCCUAACCAAUAUUUCUUGGAAGCAAGGAAUUGAUUUUUUCUUAUUAUUUCUCCACAGAGAAUUAAAAGGAAUAUGUUCUUAAAAUUAAACAAGGAAGCUGGUGAGCCAAAACAAGGUGUGCUUCAUCUGAGGCCUUGUUCGCAGGUUUGAUAAGCAGGUUUCUGUUAAAACUGCAAAAGGAACGUGUUCCUUACAAAUGGGUACUGGGGACAGGGAUUAACGCUGUCUUUUAAAAAGUCACUGAAUUCUCUGGAAAGGCAUAAAUGGGGCCCUGGCUCAGUGGCGGGGUCUCUGCUUCGCUUGCAGGUCCCAUCUCCAGGUAGGGCUGGAAGAGUUCCUGCCUGCAUCCUUGAAGAGCUGCCACCCAAUCAGUAUCAAGAACAUAGUCAGACUCCGCCCACGUCGACUUCUCAUUCAUGCUCGUGUUCUUUUCUUCCUCUUUGCAUUUUGUUGUCCUUUGAAUAUUAAGCCGAAAUCGCUUUCCACUUGAAUUCCAUUGCUUCCAAAUGACACAAUUGGAUUCUACAGUUUUACUUUGUCUGUUUUGUUUUGCUCUAUCUUUGGCAGAGCCUCACCUUCUGAGGUCAAUGCACAGCCUAGCUUCUAGCCCAGAUCUGUCUAAAAUAUUUUUGAAAAGCAAUAUUCAAGGCCUCUAGAAUAUGCAUUGGAAAUGAUUCCACGUGCAUUGAGAACGGAUCCUGAGUUCUUCAGUCAAAAUGGAAUGACUGAAUGGUUUGCUAUUCUCAGCCAAGGAUGGUGAAUUAUCUCAAAAACUAAAAUAGUAUUUGCUACUGUGGUCCAGCUAACAUCUUAUGAAUCAAUGUGUGGAACUGAAGUCAUACUCUUGGACAUAAAUUUGUAGGAAAGUAUUUGCUGUAUAUGACUAAGCAAAUGGGCAAUAUGAAUCAAAAUAUGUGGCAAAACAUCCUUUUUUAUUAAGUCAGUGGUAUAACCCCAAAUGGUGUGUCAGAUCUGUUAAUGCACCAGUGGGAAGACAUUUUAGAUAUAAUUUUUGGAGUAUGAAAUUGUGGUCUUAAGAAUGAAGAAUUGUCGUCACUCACCUGACUGUCAACAUUAAUAGUUCCUUCAACAGCAUUUUCAAAGUAUCGUUGUUUUUGCAUUUUCUUGGCUAGUGAAAAAUCAAAACACACUGAAUACAAUUUAUUCAUAUUUAAUAAAUGAACUCUAAAGAUUUUAAACUUUUUUUAAAAGACUCAUAUCAUAAUGAUUAAUCUGAUUUCAGUGGAGUCUUUUUUUAAAAUGACCAGUGAUGAUUUUUAAAAAGCUUCUUCAUCCACUUUUAGUUUUCUAUAGUCACUGGGUUUAUAGGUGUACUAUAUAUACUAGAUGGAAUACUUUAUUAAUAUUCACAGUAUUUAAUACAAAUAAAUGAAAAAUGGUUGUUAAGUAUAUUGUAUUAUUUCAUGUAAAGGUUUUUGUACAAAUCUUUAAAGAUCUACAGUUUUUGCAUUUGUAGAUAUGGAAAAGUAAGCAAUUCAUUUUUGUGUGUUUGUCUUGCAUGUAUAUUUUUUCUGUACAUAAACUGUGGUUUGGUUGGGUCUCUUCUGUUUCAAAGAAUAAGCUUUCAGACUUUAAUACAGUAUAUAUUUUCAAAAAUAUAAACUUUUAUAUUUCCAUGGUAGAUUAGGGUAAGCGUUUUAGGCAAUCUUUUUCAACUAUGGUUAACUAUUCUUUUAAUCUCUAGUGCCAAUUGUUUUCCAUUUACACUCUUUUAUAACUAUAUUUGGGCAGGAGGUUUUUCCCCCUUUCUCUGUUUGUUUGUUUUGUUCCAGCCUCAAAAUUAGUGAAUUUAAGAUAUAAAUCUGUAAAUUUACUGCAUUUGUGAAUAAGCCUUACCACUAGUUUGAAUCAAAAAUUGCUAACUGGAUGAUUAAGAUGGGGGUCCAAACAGAAGGGACGGAAGCAGAACAUGUUCAGAACACGGUCGCUGCUGGGCAAAUACAUUGGUGCUGGGGCAACCCAGCCAAACCCUUUCCUCACAUAGGCUUUUCCCCACCAAAACCCUCUCCUCCAGGAACUGGAUAGCAGAGCCAGGAGAGAGGAAGUUCAGGGGGCGGAAACACCCAAGCGUACAACACAGUGUGCACUGGAAGAAAUGGGCGGUGUUGCCAUCGCAUCUUCCUAGACCUUCAGCAAUCUACCCCCUCCCCACUGCCAAAAAAGCUGCGUUCGGGCAGCUGGCAAAUGAAGAGUGCAAGGCCUUAAUUCCCCCCCUCCCCACGAAUUGUGAAGUGGAUAAUACGGGUUGUUUGUUUCGAACAACGGUCUCGUCUGUUUUGGCUUUGUUCUACACAAACUGUGCAUGUUGUCAACCCAGUUCUCUUAGUCUUCUCAGGCUCUACUUCAGGUGGGUAAGACAAGCCCAAUCGGGGUAACGCCUCCUCUCUUUAGGAGACACUAAGGAAGUUUACAUACGGGACUUGUAGACAAUCUUAAGCGUAGUACGUUUAAGUACUUUGUAACCUGGAUAUGUUAUUUAUCUCUGCCUACCCAAUUAACUGUACGCUUUAAGCCAUACUAGAUCGCUUUAAAUACUACAUGGAAAGUCAUUUACUAACUCACUGACAUUGUCCACAGGACUUUUGCUUUCAGUGAUAUAUAUUUUCUCUUCCAUUAGAAAAUAAACUACGGACCAAAGAGUUCCAUUUUCAUUACCAAGCAUUAGUUUCAUCUGUAUAGCAAAGAUUGGCUGUUGAUUCCGUUGCAACAUGCAUUUUCGUAUCAUUUCUCAUUCAUUUCAGGGAGAUAGAAAAGAGCAGAGCAGCCAGGGAGGCCCAUCUGCUAUUUAAAAAGAAAAAGGAAAAAAGUUCUAAAACUAAGGAUACUAGUAAAGGACAGAGUGUCUAUUGGCAAGGCUUAUUACCAAACCCGAGAGACAAAGCAGAUGACCAAAAAGAAAAAGCAAAGAGUCGACAAAAUUGCAAAAUGUAUCUGUGACUACUUAUUUGAUUUCUAAUACUACCUUGCACAAAGCAAUUAAGGGGACAAUCUUAUGCAGGUUUAGACCCCCCCAAAAGGCGUACACAUCCCCCAGUCAUUCUGGCUGGCUGAGAUGCUGGGAACUGUAGGCUGUUUUUCUACCUAAACAUGCAUGGAAUUGUGGCCCAAAAUAUAGACUUUUUCCCAGAUUAGGUUCAUAAAGUAUUUUGUUGUCUGGAUGUCAUAGAAUAAGAUGGUAUCAGUUUCCAAUAUGUGUGAUCAUUGCAAGUGCACAGUGUAACGCCGAGGAGGGUACGGGGCACCUCUUAACCACAGUGUUGUAAAUAGAACUUCAGAAACGACUUUGGUACUGAGGGACCUUAACCUUCUACUAUAUCAAAAAUUGACUGUCUAGAUUGUACACAAUAUAUUUGUCAAUGGUCUUGUAAACUAGUGUAUGAACACAUUUUUCUGGGUGCCUUAGAAGUUGUAUUUUUCAUGUGUGUUAAUAUGCAGUAUUUAUAUAUUGUGAGAAGCUGCUUUGAAUAAAAAGAUUGAAACUUC